UGGCGUCCGUUGUUAUUGUUCGUACCGAUUAACUAUUUGUAAAAUAUAUAUUAAUCUUUUUACUGAUUUUUCUAUUGAACUAUUAUUCUGAUGUGAUGCUAAAACUCUCAAUGAUACGGCGGGAUACGUAAUAAGUACGUUUAUAUGUAUUUUGAGUGCUUUUUUUCGAAAUCUAUGUGUGUCAUGCAAAUGGGGUAAGCUAGAAUUAUCGGAUGUCGCUUAGGUUGUUUUGGAUAGUUUCAAUAAGAAUACGGCGUGAAGUUUUGUGACCUAAAGUGUGAAUAUGGAUUUUGCUUAAAGUUUAUUAGCUACCAACUUGAAUUUGAAGUGUAGUAAAUAACGAGAAUGGCUACAAUCAACUAAUGUUCCAUGCCGUGACUGUACUCCCCGUACAUUUCAAAAUGGCUGCUGCUCUUCACGAUAUAUGAGCUUUGCGUCACUGGAACAUAAAUCUGUGGUUUUGAUUCUUGAAGAGAAUCCUGUAAUUGUAGUCUAGUGAUUCGAUGUGAAAAGUUGAAUUUAAAAUACGGACAGAGUCCUAGACAAAUCUGCAGCGGGACAAAAGUGGCGUAUCAUAUGUUUUGGCAGUAGUGGACAUUGAGUGACCAUAGAACUUAAAUUGCCUUGCGAACGAGCCGGAAUGUAAUGUUGCGCUUGGUUUUCCAGGAUGAUUUGGGACACGAGACAAUAGAAAUUGAGUGGUAUUAAGCGGAAUGUGACAUUGUAUGAUAGCAUGGCAGCGGACAGCGACGGGCCAGGCGCGGCGGGCGGCGGCGCGUGCGGCGUGGUGGUCACCUGCGAGGGCGACCUGCGCGACCCGCGCUUCCCCGCGCGCCUGCGCCGCCUGCUGCGCGAGCUGCGGGUGCUGCUCGCGGAGCCACACCCGCACACGCUCAAAGUUAACAAGGUGGAGCCGUGGAACUCGGUGCGCGUGACGCUGUCGGUGCCGCGCGCGGCGGCGGCGCGGCUGCGUGCGCUCGCGGCGGCCGGCGCGCCGCAGCUGCGCGCGCUCGGCAUACUGUCCGUGCAGCUGGACGGCGACGCGGCGGUCUCGCUGCGGCUGCAGCACGGCGCCGAGCUGAGGAUCAACACGGAGGCGGACGAUGCGGGCACAUCACGAUCGCAAUCCAACACUGAACUGCUGGCCGGUCUGGGCGGUAUCGGUCGGCUGCUGGCCGACGACGGCGCGUCGACGAGCGGCAACGGCGCCAGCAGCGGCGGCGGCGAGCCGGCAACGCCGCGCGACAACUUCAAGUCGCCGAACACCGUGUGCCCGAUGGACGGCAAGAUACCGCAGAACAUUCCCACGCCGACGACGGACAGAUGCGAGUUCCCGUUCGGCAGCAUGACCCAGGCGCGGGUCAUACACCGGAAGGAGAAUACGUUAGGUUUAUCAGCCAGCCCACUGCGAGCGGCGAGCGCGGGCAGCGCGGGCAGCGCGGGCGACGAAUAA